UGUCCUAUAGGCCCUCAAGUCAAUAUGUUCACCAAGCGCACGCCACAAUGACCAUAACUUCAAGCAAACCUUCCAGCACUAUCCUUCUCCCCCAUACAAUUAUUAAUUAAACCCAAAAUAAUUAAGCUUUAAAAUCAAGAUUAACUCCAUUAAUUCCCUCUUUUUUAUUAACUCAAAUCAUUAUUUUUUUCCAAAUUUCAAACCUCAAUCACCAUCACCAUCACCAUCACCAUAAUCAUAGAGAGCUCAAUAAAACCUCCGUUAUUCUCAACUUUUUCAAUUGAAUUUGACCGUUGUGGACUUUCUUCUUUGAUAGGGCCGUGUUUGGUGGUGGACCUCUCCAAUAAGGCCUUGUCUGGAAAAUUCCGGUAGGGUUUUGUGGAGAUGGCUCAAUCGAUGAGCAGAGGAGGAGGGAGGUCUGUAGUAGGGGAUUAUGUUGUAGGGAAGCAAAUCGGUGCCGGUUCUUUCUCGACGGUGUGGCAUGCUCGGCACCGAGCUCAUGGAACCGAAGUGGCUAUAAAGGAGAUCGUUACCGCUAGGCUUAACCAUAAGCUUCAGGAGAGUCUAAAGUCUGAAAUUGUAAUUUUGCAGAAGAUCAAUCAUCCUAAUAUUAUUCGGUUGCAUGAUAUGAUCGAGGAAGUGGGAAAAAUAUAUAUUGUUUUGGAGUACUGCAGAGGAGGUGAUCUUUCUAUGUACAUUCAACAACGCCAAGGGAGAAUUCCAGAAGCAACUGCGAAACAUUUUAUGCAGCAACUUGCAUCUGGUCUAAAAAUCCUUCGCGACAACAAUCUAAUCCACAGGGAUCUAAAGCCUCAGAAUCUCCUCUUAUCCUCAAAUGAUGACCGCUCCACCUUGAAGAUUGCUGAUUUUGGGUUUGCAAGGUCUUUGCAACCUAGGGGUCUUGCUGAAACACUUUGCGGUUCACCAUUGUACAUGGCUCCAGAAAUAAUGCAACUUCAGAAGUAUGAUGCAAAGGCAGAUCUCUGGAGCGUCGGUGCCAUCCUGUUUCAGCUUGUAACUGGCAAAACCCCUUUUACUGGAAACAAUCAAAUCCAGUUGCUCCAGAACAUAUUGAAGUCGACUGAAUUGCAGUUUCCUCCAAGUGCAAAAAAUUUAAGUCCUAACUGCAUAGAUUUGUGUAAAAAAUUGUUGCGCCGUUAUCCAGUGGAGCGGUUGACAUUUGAAGAGUUCUUUAACCACCCAUUUCUUGCACAGAAGCAGCCAGAUGAGCUGUCUUGGGUUAUGAGACCUCAAAGGGUAAUAGGUGGUUUUCCUAUAUCCGAAGGCUAUCCUGCGAGGAGCACAGAGGAAACUUUUCAAGAAGAUGGUCUACCCUUUAGUCUAGAUGAUGAUUCCAGCGGUCCUGAUGGUAGUCCUUCAUUUGCUGGGAGAUUACCACAGAGGUUGUCCUAUGGUUUUUCUUGUGAUGCAAAAGCUGAAAGGAAAGAAGUUACUAGUAGUACCCCACGGAAAACAGAUAGUAUUGGCUCUAGCCACCGACAUUCAGAAGGGAACCUGAAGGAAUCUAUUAAUCUGAAGGAUCAUAGACAAGCAAUUACUCGUUCAAAAGUGGUGGAUUCAUUCGAGUUGAUUGAUCAGGACUAUGUCAUUGUUUCUGGCCCUCCCAUGGACUCAUAUUCUUCGGCAGGUGUUUCUAGGCUUAACAAUAUGCCAUACAGAUCAAGCUGUUCCCUGCAAGCAUCUGCGAGAGUAGAUCCUAGACCAAGUGACCCGGUGCCUAUUAGUGGCCCUCCACUUAGUAGAAUAGGUCAUUUAGGAAGUUUGGAAAGUCCCUCAUCUGCACCUGAAGCUUCACAAGUAUGUGCUGAUGUCAUAAAUUGUUUGGAGCAGCCGCCUCCUGAUGGCAUGGCCAGAAUAGAGUCCCUGCAGCGUUCUGCGUCUGCUAUCAUGGAAUUAGUAAAUGAGAAGGUUGAAGCAGGCAGGCAUCUGGAAGCAUUUUCAAUUCAGCUAGUCAUUCUUGCUAUAUGGAAGCAAGCUUUGGAUAUUUGUCAUACACAAGCGGCAUCAGCAAUUGAAGGAAGUCCGAGCCAAGAAACGAUCAGAUUGAAGGAAAUCAUGAAGAAAGUUCAAGUUAGUCUUAGCAUAAAAGAGCAUCUUGAUUCUAGUAACAUUUUGGGGCCGGAGAAUGUGUGUUCUCAUAUUGAAAAAGCAUUUCUUGGUGAAGUUGGUAACGCAGAGGAACUUGCCAAACAUAUAGAGCCUGGAAAUACAGAGGUUCCAGAUGCAAUGGAGAUGAUAUUUCAAUCUGCCCUGGCUUUGGGUAGAAAGGGAGCUGUUGAUGAGUACAUGAGUCGGACUGAAAAUGCAGUCGUGUUUUAUUCAAAAGCUGUGCGGUUGUUAGCAUUCCUUCAAGUGGAAGCCCCAUCUCUGAUUUUAAACCCUCCAUUUUCUCUAACAAACUCGGAUCGUUAUAGGCUUCAAAAUUACAUUGAUGGCCUUAAUAACAGGCAAAGCAUUUCAAAGUCUCAAAUGAUGGCUCUGCUCAAGUGUGAAGAUCAACACUGCUCUCCAUAAGGAGGAGAGAGAGCUGUUAAUACAAACGACGAUAACAUUUCAGUGUCUUUACUCUGUAAAAUUCUUUUGUCUGUACAGUUAUUCUUUUAGCAAUUUAAAGUGAGAAGGAAAAAAAGAAAAAAAAAGGAAAAAUAGCAACUCAUUUUAUUUAAUGCUUGUAACGUUAUGUUUCUCUUUCUUCAAGAAAAUUUCAAUUCCCCUUGACCAUCUCCUUAUAUUCAUCUCGAGGCAAAGCCUCUCUCAGCA